AUGUCUUUAACUGACGCUGAUAAUAAGAUCACAUAUGACGCCAUUGUCAUUGGUGCCGGUGUUAUUGGCCCAUGUGUAGCUACCGGUCUUGCAAGAAAGGGUAAGAAAGUUUUAAUUGUGGAAAGAGAAUGGACUCAACCAGAUAGAAUUGUCGGUGAGUUAAUGCAACCGGGUGGGGUCCGUGCUUUAAGAUCUCUUGGUAUGGUUCAAUCCAUAAAUAACAUUGACGCCCAACCAGUCACCGGUUAUACCGUUAUGUUCAACGGUGAAAAAGUUGAUAUCCCAUAUCCAUAUAAGUCUGACGUCGCUCCAUUAGUUAAAAUCGAUGGUUUGGUCCAUGACGGUAAUGAUCAAGUAGUAGACGAUGAAUACAUCAAAAGAAAGGACUUUGAAGAUGACGAAAGAGAAAGAGGUGUCGCCUUUGUUCACGGUAGAUUUUUGAAUAACUUAAGAGAAAUCGUUAAGAAAGAACCAAAUGUGACUUGUUUACAAGGGGACUGUAUCGAGAUCUUGAAAAGUGGCAAUAAUGAAGUCAUCGGUGCUAAAGUGGAUGUUCCAAACAGAGGUGUUGUCGACUUCAAAGCUCAUAUUACUUUUAUCUGUGAUGGUAUCUUCUCUCAUUUUAGAAAAGAACUACAUCCUGAACAUGUUCCAACCGUGAACUCCUCCUUUGUUGGUAUGGCUUUGUAUGACACUAAAUUACCAACAGACCACCAUGGUCAUGUCAUCCUAGGUGAUAACCAUAUGCCUAUUAUUGUCUACCAAAUCUCUCCAAACGAAACUAGAAUUUUAUGUGCAUACAACUCUGCUAAAGUAACUAAGGAUAUCAAAUCUUGGAUGCUUAAAGAUGUUAAACCAUAUUUACCAAAGGAAAUCUCUAAAGCCUUCGAUUCUGCUUUGGAGACCGGUAAGUUCCGUGUUAUGCCAAACUCUUACUUGCCAGCAAGACAGAACGACGUUAUUGGGUUAUGUGUCGUUGGUGAUGCAUUAAAUAUGAGACACCCAUUGACUGGUGGUGGUAUGACUGUUGGUUUAAAUGAUGUUGUAUUAUUGUUACGUAAGAUCGGUGACUUAGAUUUCAGUGAUCGUGCUACUGUAUUAGACGAAUUGUUAGAUUUCCAUUACGACAAGAAGAGCUACAACACAGUCAUUAACGUGUUAUCUGUUGCAUUAUAUUCUUUGUUUGCUGCUGACUCAGAUAACUUGAGAGCUUUACAAAAGGGUUGUUUCAAAUAUUUCCAACGUGGUGGAGAUUGCAUUAACAUCCCAAUUCAAUUUCUGUCUGGUUUAUUACCAAGUCCCUUCCAAUUAACUAAGGUGUUUUUCGCCGUUGCUAUUUACUCUAUCUACCUAAGAAUCGAAGAACGUGGUUUCCUUGGAUUCCCAAUGGCUUUAAUAGAAGGUUUCAUGAUCUUAUUAACUGCUAUUAAAGUUUUUACUCCAUUCUUUUUAGGUGAGUUCAUGGGUUAA